UAUAUUUAAUUGUAUUUGAUCGAUAAAUGCUUAGAUAAAUAGACAGAUUAAAUUAAAGCGAGGUGAAAUAUUCAAAUUUAUACCACAGUGCUGUUGAAUUCUCGAUUCUGAUUGGCUGACAGAUGUUCUGAGAUGAGCAAUUAUUUUUCAGGAAAUGCACAGCUAAAGUAGAGAUGAGAGAGAGAGAGAGAGAGAGAGAGAGAGAGAUCACACGGUUUUUUUCCCGUUUCAUGCUGAUAAUAUUAAAAUAGCACAAAUUAAUAAAUAAAGGAUUUUUCGUUUUUAAUUACGGCAGAAAAUACAACGAAUAAAUACAUAUUGAUACUCUCUCUGCAUAUCAAUAACUCAAGCCUCAGUUACUAGGUCUAAAAUGAUGUUUAGGAAUUAGCAACAGAGGCUUGAGGUGUGAUGAGUAAUAAAUUAGUUCCACACACAAGAGCGUUUUAAGAACAAAAACCUGACAAAUGUCUUGAAAUAAAACAUCUGAAGAAUGUCUUGAGGUGUGGUAACUGUGGUAUAAGUGGAAUAAUUGACUCUGGUCCGUUGAGUUAUUAGAAUAUGCCUCAGGUGUGCAUUAAUUUCUAAUAAUUCAACGGGCCGUCGCCAAUAAUUCCUUACAUAUACAAAAGGCGCGCACAAACACACACACUCAUUAUUUCAUACUUUACAAAAUAUUUUUUUAUAUUGUUAAAAAUGUACCGCGCACUUAUAUUUUGGUCUCAGUUUGAUAGUGUUUGCCAUUCAUGAAUUCAAAGCAUACAGAAAUAAUUGGUCACCAUGGUAACCUUUUUCGACCACUUCCGGGUACUCAACUCCAUAGUCUCCUUCCGGAUCGCUGUAUUGCGAUCCGUUUCCCUAUGUUACCAUAUAUACCGCAGCUGUAUGGUACAGGCUGUUUGGGGGGGCGUUUUCAAGAAAUCCCUCCAAAAUCUCUAUAUAGGAGGGAGCUCGGGGCGGGAUUUCAGAAGUUUGCCACAAUUACGUCCCUACAAACUUUUUCUGGGGAAGCGAUUUUACUUCGUAUAGCGUGAGUCAGUGGGCUAGCUAACGCCAUCGAUUGCUAUUGCACCCCUUUUUAUUUUCCUUUAUCCGAUGGACUGGUUCAGUUGUUCCGAAGCAGGGGACUUGUUUUGCGCGAGUCAACUUCGUUACUUUGGAUGUGUUCCGGUUGUCGUCCUUCGCAGUUAGCUUGUUAGCUAUUAGCCAGUCAACGUAAACAAGCUGCAAAACGAAUGUAAACAUUACACACAAAAAGACAUCAUCUUAGUGUUUGUUUUCCCACCCUAAACAACACGACGAUGUAAUUCAGUUAAAUAAACUGCCAGAGAAAUUGGAAAUUGUAACUUUGCGUUCCUUAAAAAAAGAAAAUACACGAGCGGUUUGGUUUCUUCUUCGUUAGCGCGGUACGAAACAAACGCGGGUGGUUUUCUUCUUCGGUGGUGUGAGUAACGCUUCAUGAAAUUAAAUAGAACAAAAAAAGUCAACCCAGGCGAGUUUCUCUAUCUCUGUAUACGUGUGUUGAUUUACUCUGAGAUCAUUUCUUUAGAGAACUCUAGACCAUGCCUGCUUUUUUGUGGUGCCUUUGUAAAAUAUAUUUUGUAUUUUUAUCCUUUUUUUGCAGCUGCAUCUCCUCUCAGCCUGGGAUCCCCAGUAAACUGUCUCUGGGAGGAGUGUGAAACUGUGAUUACAUUUGACACAGUUUUUAGUUAAAGCAUUAGAGAACACUAACACACAAACACACACUCAGGGGACUCAGAAAAAGCAAUGAAAACCCUGAGCUGAGUUCUCCAGAGCGUUGUGGAUAUCUGCUCUAACAGAUAAUCGCAUCUUUUGGCCAGCAUGCCUGGCCCAGUGGCUGGCAGCACAGCUCGGGUCUAUGCAGAUGUGAACACUCUGAAGAGCAGGGAAUACUGGGACUAUGAGGCCCAUGUGCCAAAUUGGAGCAAUCAGGAGGACUAUCAGCUGGUGCGGAAGUUGGGCCGGGGGAAGUACAGCGAGGUGUUCGAGGCCAUUAAUGUGAGCAACAGUGAAAAAGUGGUGGUGAAGAUCCUGAAGCCCGUCAAGAAGAAAAAGAUCAAGCGAGAAAUCAAAAUCCUGGAAAACCUGAGAGGAGGAACCAACAUCAUCCGGCUAGUGGAUACCGUAAAGGACCCUGUGUCUCGAACUCCUGCUCUUGUCUUCGAGUGCAUCAAUAACUCUGAUUUCAAGGAGCUGUACCAGAAGUUAACAGAUUUCGAUAUCCGUUAUUACAUGUAUGAACUACUAAAGGCCCUGAACUACUGCCACAGUAUGGGCAUCAUGCACCGUGACGUCAAGCCCCACAACGUCAUGAUCGAUCAUCAGCUGAGGAAGCUGAGGCUGAUAGACUGGGGUCUGGCUGAGUUCUAUCACCCUGCGCAGGAGUACAAUGUCAGAGUGGCAUCUCGUUAUUUUAAGGGUCCUGAGCUGCUCGUGGAUUACCAGAUGUAUGACUACAGUCUGGACAUGUGGAGUCUGGGCUGCAUGCUGGCCAGUAUGAUUUUCAGGAAGGAACCAUUCUUCCACGGCCAGGACAACUACGACCAGUUGGUGCGCAUCGCUAAAGUCCUCGGAACCGACGAGCUCUUCGGCUACCUGCGCAAAUACCACAUUGAGCUAGACCCGCGCUUUAAAGACCUGCUUGGCCACAGGCAGACGAGGAAGUGCUGGGAGCAGUUUGUACAGACAGAGAAUCAGCACCUGGUGAGUCCUGAGGCUCUUGACCUGCUGGAUAAACUACUGCGCUACGACCACCAGCAGAGACUCACCGCCACCGAAGCCAUGGAGCACCCCUACUUCUACCCAGUGCUAAAGGAACAGUCUCUUACCAAUGCGAAUAACACUGUAGGAUCAGAAGGAUGUAAUGCAGCUCGGUGAACAGACUUUCAGAAAGCUGAAAAUAACUUGUUACCUCAGUUUACCCUUCGUGGCAGAAAUCUCUCAAUGUGUACAGUUGAAGAUGGGCAAAAGCAGUAUUGACCAGUUUACACCUUUCUCUCUCUCACACACACACACACACACACACACACACACACACACACACACACACACUGUUGUCCUUCUCAGUAUCCGUGAAGGUUGGUCUGUCCCUUGUACCUCCAUAGGCGCUGAAGCCAUUUUAGUUUGGAGAUCAUGAAGAUGCCUCCUGUUUUAUUGAUAGGUGAGGAGUUGUUAGAGGAAUAAGGCCAGUCUCUGCCCCCUCGUACCGUGACCCUGCCUUUGUUUACCUUGCUGUGAAGAGUGAAGCACAGAUAAUACCCUGCCCUCACUGUUCUCCUCACUGGUCUGUCUGUGUGUUCACUAUUCAGACCCCAGUGUGGUGUCUUAUGCACCACCACACAGAAGAAGUGGCAUAUUGGACCUCAUUUCUCUCUGCUCUAGGUAGAAAAGUAUUAAUGACAAUAAAUGACUUUUAUUUAA